AUGGCGAAAGCUUCUAGUGUCUUGCAAUCAACUCUCCUCCCAGCUUUCUCUCCACUCCACAAGCUCCGAUUUCAUAAUCCCACCCUCUCUUUACCACCGUCUCCGGUGUUCCGAUGCCGCCCGGGAGUCCACUGCUCAGUUUCGGCCGGCGAGACCACGAGACGAUCCGUGGAGGAAGCUCCGGACAUAUCAUGGGGCUGCGAGAUAGAUUCUCUUGAGAACGCUACUUCUCUUCAGAAUUGGCUCUCCGAUUCAGGCCUCCCACCGCAGAAAAUGGCAAUCGAUAAAGUCGACAUCGGAGAACGAGGCCUCGUCGCCUCUCAAAACCUCAGAAAAGGAGAGAAACUUCUCUUCGUUCCUCCUUCUCUCGUCAUCAGUGCUGAUUCCGGAUGGACAAACCCAGAAGCAGGUGAAGUGAUGAAACGUUAUGAUGUACCAGAUUGGCCUUUGCUUGCUACUUAUCUUAUAAGUGAAGCAAGUCUUCAGAAAAGUUCAAGAUGGUAUAACUAUAUCUCAGCUCUUCCGAGACAACCUUACUCACUUUUAUACUGGACUCGGGCAGAACUUGAUAUGUACUUGGAAGCUUCACAGAUUCGAGAAAGGGCGAUUGAAAGAAUCACCAAUGUUAUUGGAACUUACGAAGAUUUAAGAAGCAGGAUAUUUUCAAAACACCCUCAUCUUUUCCCUAAAGAGGUUUUCAAUGAUGAGACAUUUAAGUGGUCUUUUGGUAUCCUAUUCUCACGGUUGGUACGGUUGCCGUCUAUGGAUGGAAGAUUUGCCUUAGUUCCAUGGGCAGAUAUGCUUAAUCAUAAUUGUGAGGUUGAAACAUACCUGGAUUAUGAUAAGUCUUCAAAAGGAGUGGUAUUUACAGCAGAUCGACCAUAUCAACCAGGUGAGCAGGUUUUCAUAUCGUAUGGGAAUAAAUCUAACGGGGAGCUAUUGCUAUCUUAUGGGUUUGUUCCCAGAGAAGGAACCAAUCCUAGUGAUUCAGUAGAGCUAGCAUUGUCACUGACGAAAAACGAUAAGUCUUACAAGGAAAAGCUGGAUGCAUUACAGAAACAUGGAUUAUCCACGCCUCAAUGCUUCCCCGUAAGGAUAACGGGUUGGCCAUUGGAGCUAAUGGCAUAUGCUUAUCUAGUGGUGAGCCCUCCAGAUAUGAGAAACAGCUUUGAAGAGAUGGCGAAAGCUGCUUCAAAUAAGUCAUCGACAAAUAAGGAUCUAAAGUAUCCCGAAAUCGAGGAAGAAGCAUUGCAGUUCAUACUGGACACAUGCGAAGCAAGCAUAUCAAAGUACAGCCGAUUUUUAAAGGAAAGUGGAUCAAUGGAUUUGGACAUAACAUCUCCAAAACAAUUAAACCGAAAAGCCUUUCUGAAACAGCUAGCUGUAGACUUGUCCACCAGCGAGCGAAGGAUACUGUACCGUGCUCAAUACAUUCUGAGGAGGAGACUAAGAGAUAUAAGAAGCGGUGAGCUGAAGGCUCUACGGCUCUUUAGCGGACUUAGGAACUUCUUCAAGUCAUGA